AUGCAGCCUGAGUCCUGCACCGUGUGGCCUUGGUUCUAUAGCCCGUUCUAUAGCCCGUUCUAUAGCCCGUUCUACAGCCCGUUCUAUAGCCCGUUCUACAACCCGUUCUAUAGCCCGUUCUACAGCCCGUUCUACAGCCCGUUCUACAACCCGUUCUACAACCCGUUCUACAGCCCGCUCUAUAGCCCGUUCUACAACCCGUUCUACAGCCCGUUCUACAGCCCGUUCUACAGCCCGUUCUAUAGCCCCCCGUUCUAUAGCCCGUUCUAUAGCCCGUUCUACAGCCCGUUCUACAGCCCGUUCUACAGCCCGAUCUAUAGCCCGUUCUAUAGCCCGUUCUAUAGCCCGUUCUAUAGCCCGUUCUACAGCCCGUUCUACAACCCGUUCUAUAGCCCGUUCUACAGCCCGUUCUACAGCCCGUUCUACAACCCGUUCUACAGCCCGUUCUAUAGCCCGUUCUAUAGCCCGUUCUAUAGCCCGUUCUAUAGCCCGUUCUACACGCCCGUUCUACAACCCGUUCUAUAG